GCAACGUCGCCGGUUGUUUGGAUUACUUUUUCCGGCAUUAUCUUUUCAUUACCUUACCACUUUAUCGUUUCUUUGCUUGUUAUCUCCGUUUUGGGGGCGGUGUUUUAAUUUUCGGGUUGGUCCCAGAGUUGGUUAGUGACCCGGCCACCGGUUUUCAGUAGUUCGUGUGAAUUCCAGCAAGGCGUAGCCGUAAAAUGUAUCACUACCAGCAGGGCGAUGAAACCGGGGCCUACACAGAUGCGGAGGCCGACAAGAGCUUCGCCUUCGAUGACCAGAGCAUCCGGAAAGGAUUCAUCCGGAAGGUCUACCUCAUAUUGAUGUGCCAAUUGCUAAUCACUUUUGGAUUUGUGAGUGUUUUCACGUUUUCGAAAGCUUCGCAGGAAUGGGUUCAAAAGAAUCCCGCCCUCUUUUGGAUUGCUCUGGCGGUUCUUAUUGUGACCAUGAUCUGCAUGGCCUGCUGCGAGAGCGUCCGCCGGAAGACACCCCUGAACUUCAUCUUCCUGUUCCUCUUCACCGUCGCCGAGUCCUUCCUGUUGGGCAUGGUGGCUGGUCAGUACGAGGCCAAUGAGGUGCUCAUGGCUGUGGGCAUCACGGCUGCAGUGGCCCUGGGCCUCACCCUGUUCGCCCUGCAGACCAAGUGGGACUUUACGAUGUGCGGCGGAGUGCUGGUGGCCUGCCUGGUGGUGUUCGUCAUCUUUGGUUUCGUUGCCAUCUUCGUGGCAGGCUCCGUGAUCCAUAUGGUGUACGCCUCCUUGGGAGCCCUGCUCUUCUCGGUGUACCUGGUGUACGACACCCAGUUGAUGAUGGGCGGCAGCCACAAGUACUCCAUCAGUCCCGAGGAGUACAUCUUCGCGGCACUGAACCUCUAUCUUGACAUCAUCAACAUCUUCAUGUACAUACUGGCCAUUAUCGGUCUGAGCCGCAAUUAAAAAGGCGAUCCACGAUCUAUAGUUCCCAUUACCGAUUUAAGAGAUACAUCUAUGUAACUUAUUUUUUACUGAGCCACCUUGGGCUGAAAUAAAGAACGACGACGACGACAAAAAACUAAA